CAAAUCAAUGGAUUAAAGAAGCUGGUGACAUUGGAAUUAAUGGAUCUCAAUGGGAAAGAUUUCUAAAACCCUAGGUCUCUCACACUAAGUUGCUAUUAAGGCCAUUUUCCCUCACUAGGCACUGCCUUCCCCCUCGUAUCAGCUUCACAGGCCAUGGGUAUCGACUUGGUCGCCGGCGGCAAGAGCAAGAAGACGAAGAGAACUGCUCCCAAGUCCGAUGAUAUCUACCUCAAACUCAUCGUCAAGCUUUACCGAUUUCUGGUAAGAAGGACUGGCAGCAAAUUCAAUGCUGUGAUUUUGAAGCGUCUUUUUAUGUGCAAAGUGAACAAGCCUCCUCUGUCUCUAUCCAGAUUGAUUGAAUUCAUGAAGGGCAAGGAGGAUAAGAUUGCAGUGGUAGUUGGAACUGUCACCGAUGACAUUCGUAUAUAUGAAGUUCCCGCUCUGAAGGUUACUGCAUUAAGGUUCACUAAGACAGCGAGGGCGAGAAUUGACAAGGCUGGUGGGGAAUGUUUAACGUUUGACCAACUUGCUCUUCGAGCACCUCUUGGACAGAACACGGUUCUCCUUCGAGGUCCAAAGAAUGCUCGUGAGGCUGUGAAGCACUUCGGACCUGCUCCUGGUGUGCCACACAGCCACACCAAGCCCUAUGUGCGGUCAAAAGCAAGGAAAUUUGAGAGGGCUAGAGGAAGAAGGAACAGCAAAGGCUUCAGGGUUUGAGAUUCCAACUGCCCUGGAAAAAAAAAAAAAAAACUUAUCAACCCAUCAUGAUAAUGGGAAUGCUCAGUUUUGUUUUUUUUGCUUUCCACCUUUCCUGUUCUUUUUCUUUUCCAUGAUUGUAAUUUGGAAUCUUUUAUAAUUUGUUUAACGGAAAGGAUUUUAGAGUGACUGAAGAACGUUGUUGGAUGUCUGUAUUUCUUAUAUAUAAAUCAGAACAGCAUUGAGUUCCAUAA